AUGACGGAGACUUAUGGUUCUAUAUCCGCAGCGGCGACUAAAUUGAAAAGUAGGAAAGGUUAGCAUCUAGUUAUAUAAGUGAAUUUGGUCGAUUUCUUGGCAUUUGUACACUAUAUACUGCAGUAAUAAACCACCUAAAAUUGAUUAUUGUUCAUAUAGCGAUGUAUCAGGACAAAAGACGAGACCACCAGUUUGAAAUUGGUGAAGAAAAAACUUUGGUUGAUCUUGCUUCGCAAUCUACACCAGAGAGCACCAAACAGAAAGCUAUGUGGGCUUUUCAACUGUAUGAAGUAUGGGCGGAAUGGUGUAGGUCUGUGUACAAGCCUGAAAGCAGUAGAUAUCGGGUUGGGGAUAUACUUAUGCUUCAUUUGGAACAACAUGUGAUGACAGAGGAAGAUUUAAACGAAGUUCUCAGUCAAUUCAUUGCUGAAGUAAGGAAGGACCAAGGAAUACGGUACCCGCCAAAAACAUUGCAUGAGUUAAUGAGUUGUCUUCAAAAAUACAUAGAGUUGAAAGGGAGAAAAGUCAAUUUUUUCUUGGGUAUAGAGUUUGAAAAACUAAGGAAAUCGUUAGACAUAGAAAUGAAAUGUUCCGCUAAGAGCAACUUGGGUUUAAAUCGAAAACAAGCAGAGGUUAUUUCAGUUGAAAUUGAAAAAUUGCUGUGGGAGCAGGGUAUCUUAAAGGCAGUGAAAACCCGGAAAGUCUAUUACGAACGGUGUUUUAUUUGA